AUGUAUGCAAAUUUGUUUAUUUCGAUUGGGAGCAAUAUUGUUGUCGCUGUUCAAGAUGCUGAAACGGGAAGUUACAACUUAAAGCAAAUUUACAAAGUGCGCACGGAAAAGAAUCACACUUAUGAAGAAAAUUAUGGAAAAUGGAGCAAUUCAACGGGACUUGUGGAUGAAAGGUCGAACAAAGUAAUCGCAGUUCGUCGUAAAAAUCUGAAAAAGGAAGAUUUGAUCGUGUCAGUUACAUUUUUGUCAAAUGCUUCUUUGGAGCACGUUUAUGAUUAUAAAGCAAAGGAGGUCGAUGCUGCCAUAAGAUCCGGUUUUACUCAAAUAGAUUUGCUUGUGAAAACUUUUAAUGCCUCUGUGAGAUUUGCUUUGCAUGAAAAAUUUGGAUAUGAUGAAACCGGAAUCUGGGUUGGAUCGUACGGAUCUGUGAUUAACGAUCAUGCAGAUAUUACGGCAACUCCGUUAUUUGUUCAAGCAAGAAGAAUUGAUGUUAUUGAUUACAUUGACACCCUUUUGCCGAUACGUGCAUACUUCAUUUUUCGUUUUCCUAAUCUGUCAACCGUCAAAAAUAUUUAUGUGUUGCCUUUCAGUCGAACGGUCUGGCUUUGCUUGGGAGCAUUUAUAGUCAUCAGUGUCCUUACCGCCUUUUUCAUGAUGCGGUCUGAGGAGAAAAUAAUUAAAAAUACCCAAAAACGUUCGAUUUCACAAGUAAUUUUCUUAAUUCUGUCAAUUGUUUGUCAAAUGGGCUCCGAAUUGGAAGCACGAAUUCUUUCAACUCGCAUUUUCAUAUUUUUUUCAUUUUUUACCUCGAUUUUUGUGUUUACCUCGUAUACCGCAAAUAUCGUCGCAUUGCUUCAAACUCCAACCAAGAACAUUCAAACACUUCAGGAUUUGUACGAGUCAAAACUUGCCCUUGGGAUAGAGGACACUUUGUACAAUCGGUAUUACAUCGGAAAAACUACCGAUCCCGUAAGACUUAAAAUUUACAAGGAAAAAAUAGCACCACCGAACCAAGAUCCGCGAUUCUUUGACCGUAAAUCGGGCGUUGCGAUGAUGCGCAAUUCAUCUUUUGCCUUUUUUGGAGAGUCGGGACCUAUUUUUCGAGAAAUCGAAGCGACAUUUUUCGAAAGCGAGAAAUGCAACCUUAACAUGAUUGAAUACCUGGAAGUUAUUGAGCCAUAUAAUGCAUUGAAAAAGAAUUCACCGUAUCGAGAAAUUAUGAAAAUUAGUUUGCCCCGUUUACGUGAAUAUGGAAUUACAAAAGCUGAAAUCAAUCGUUUGUACAAGAAACGACCAACUUGUAGUGACGGUUCUGGUUCCCACUUCGAAAGUGUCUCCGUAGAAAGUAUUCGCGGAGCUCUUUUGUUGCUGCCGUACGGCAUGGCGUUCGCUCUUGUAGUUUUUAUUGCUGAGAUUUUUUACAAGAAGAUGAAAAACCGACAGAUUCAACCAAUGUAA